UGCGGCCAGGGCCUAUUUAACGGACUGGUGUUUCAGUGAAACAGUGCCCCCGACCAUUUUAAGAGCAGGAGGAGGAGGUACUCGAGGCGACCGUUGUAGGGGACAUGGAUCAUUCCUGGCUAUGGCCAGAAAGGUUGCAAGCUCGGAGGAGAAGGCGGCUAUGGCGGCAGGCUCACCAUGCAUCGUCUCCGAAAAGAGUCCCAACAACGAACGACUCUUUAGGGAGCAUGACGAGAUAAUGGAUCUAUACGACUGAUGCAUGUGAACCGGCAUUUCGUAUCGAGGCUGGAAUGGUCUCUACCAGACCAGAGCGCUCGAAAACAGAGGACAUCCUUUGUUGGACUCCGGGUAUCAUCGUCAUCAUCAUCAUCAUAGACUCGAGUGGUGGUCCAUAGCUGCUAAGCUGCUGCUGUGGGUAGCGUUGUGAGGAAGGAGGACAGAGUCGUGCGCAGUCGAUAUCUACCCGUUCGAGCGUUUUGAGGCGGGGGGGGGAAG